AUGAAACUCUACGAGGGUGACUCCAACCCGACUGAGCAUAUCAACUUCUUCGUGGGAGCCAUGAAGUAUGCAGGAGCCAGCGACCCGAUCUACUGCCGCUGCUUUCCGAUGAGCUUGGGGAAGGGCCCAAUGAACUGGUUCCAGAACCUCCCCAACAACUCCAUUCACAACUGGGAAGGGGUCAUGUCAAGUUUCUUAUCCCAAUACUCCUCAGUGAGAAAUAUUCCGAAAUCAGAAGAGACCCUAGCCCUAAUUAAGCAGGGUGAGAAGGAAUCCCUGAAGGCCUUCCUUAACCGCUUCAACAAGGAAGCAGGAGACAUUCCAGACCUCCUCCCCCAGGUCCGCCUAAUCUUUGUACGACAAGCGCUCAGGCCAGGCCCUUUCUUGACUUCCCUGGAUGGGAAGAAAGCUAGGACACUGGAGGAAUUUCAAACCCGAUCCGAGAAGUACAUUAACAUGGAGGAAGCGGCGACAUUGAGGUCAACCAAUCAAAACCCAGUCCAUAGGCCCUUUGAGAAAGCCCGAGACCGUGUCGAGACGAAGCGUCGCGAGCCCCGACGGAGGAGCCAGGAUGACAAAAAGCAAAAACGGAAGAAGUUUGAUAGCUACAUCCCCCUGAACUCUUCCAUCUCUCGCAUCUUCCCCGGCCAUAACACGGACGAGUGCCUGAACCUGAAGGACAAAGUAGAAAAACUAGUCAGAAUCGGGAGAUUGUCAAAGUACGUCGCUCUCUCCUCAGGCAACCUCCCUCGUCCGCGUUCACCACCCCCUAGAAGGUCCCCCACCCCGUCCAGAGUCCGGGCCAGAACUCCGCCCAGGAACCGAGCCCGGACACCCCCACGGGCAAGGAGCCCUCAACAACGCAGAAGUCCCGAUCGACGCAGGAGCCCCGAUCAUCGUAGAAGUCCAGAUCGACGUCGAUCUCUAGAUCGGCAGGGCCAAGAUGAAGUACAAAGGCGCUAUGGGACUAACCUAGUCAGUGUCGGUUCCAUCACUGGAGGAUGGGCCGCCGGCGGACCGUCAAACAACAGUCGGAAGAGGAGUACUCGAAUCAUUAUGUCAGCCGCGGGACGACCCCACCCCAGUUCCCUCCGCCCACCGCAGCAGAAGGUCUCCAUCACCUUCACGGAAGACGACUACGGCGCGGACACCGGCGAGGAGGACGACCCGAUUGUCGUGGAAGCCCUCAUCGCAAACGGUAAGGUGCGACGGGUUCUCAUCGAUACAGGUAGUUCCGUUGACAUUAUGUUUUAUGAUGCUUAUAAAACUCUAGGCUUAUCUGUGAAAGACCUAAUCCCCUAUGACCACGACUUGAUCGGGUUCAUUGGGACAGAGUUCUGCCCUUAG